GUCUGCCCAUGGCUUUUUUGAUGAAGAAGAAGAAGUUCAAGUUUCAGACCAGUUUCACUCUGGAGGAACUGACCGCUGUCCCUUUCGUGAAUGGGGUUCUGUUCUGCAAAAUUAGAUUGCUGGAUGGAGGAGAUUUUGCAACUCUGUCUUCAAGAGAAGAGGUUCAGGAAAAUUGUGUACGCUGGAAGAAGAAAUUCACCUUUGUCUGCAAAAUGAGUGCGAAUCCCGCCACUGGCCUCCUGGAUCCCUGCAUCUGCCGUGUGUCAGUCCGCAAGGAACUGAAAGGUGGGAAAACCUAUUCCAAGCUCGGUUUUGCCGACCUAAAUUUGGCGGAAUUUGCUGGCUCUGGGUUCACCGUCCGAUGCUGCUUGCUGGAGGGGUACGAUACCAAGAACACUCGGCAGGAUAAUUCCAUCUUGAAGGUGAUGAUUGGAAUGUCCCUGCUCUCUGGAGACCCCUGCUUCAAAACGCCUCCAUCCACAGCCAAAUCUAUCACCAUCCCAGGUCAGGACUCCACACUGCAGCUGACCUGUAAAGGUGAAGGAACAAGCAGCAGCAGCAGCACACCUGGCACAAUCGGCUCCGUCCGUCAGAACAAGUCCAGGCCCACUGUCCUCGGCUCAGGUGUCCCAGAGGAACCGGACCAGAACCUGUCCAGUCCAGAGGAAGUGUUCCACUCAGGGCAUUCGCGGAACUCCAGUUACGCCAGCCAGCAAUCCAAGAUCUCUGGCUACAGCACCGAGCACUCGCGGUCCUCCAGCAUGUCCGACCUGACCCACCGCCGGAACACCUCCACCAGCAGCAGUGCCUCUGGAGGGCUCAGCAUGACGGUCGAGUGCCCCGAGGGUGAGCGAGAGCACAAGCUGGAGAAACCCCCUCGCCCACCGAGACCAAACCUCCUAUUGGAUAGAUCGUCCAGGAGGAAAAAGGAUUCUGUGGAGAGUCAUCCCACAUGGGUGGACGACACCAGGAUUGAUGCUGACGACAUAGUGGAGAAAAUCAUGCAGAGUCAAGACUUUACAGACGUCAGCAACAUGGAAGAUAGCAACCUGCGGCUGUUUGUGAGCAGAGACGGCACGACGACGCUGAGCGGGAUUCAGCUUGCUAACAGGGUCUCAUCUGGAGUUUACGAGCCAGUGGUAAUCGAAACCCAUUAAAUGUGAAAAGGCCAGGGUAGACCUGCUGGAAAUGGUCCCCUCCCGCAACCACAGUGACGUUGGAUGGCCGACCGCUCGUCUUCGACUUCUUUCUCUUCACGCGACAUUCCAGGCAGGGGCUCCUGAGGCCUCUUCCCUGCCACGCGCACUGCGGAUCUGCUCCCAGGACAGAACACUCCGGAAGGUGCACUUUGCUCGAGGCCACCUCCUGGCUCCCCAAACCCCACCUCCUGGCUCCCCAAACUCAUCCCAGUGUCUGGAAACCUCCAGCACUCUCCCGCGGAUUCCAAGCAUCGCCUCGAAAAGUCUCCUUGUCGGCAGGGGAGAAUUCCUCUUCACUCCAUCCCAAAUCCUCAUUCCAGAAGCCGCAUCUCGGCGUGGGAUUUCCUCAGUACCGUCUGUGUAAAUCGUUGGGUUAUACCACUGUGAACACUUUAUUUUUAUUUUCUUUCAAAAACUCCUGAAGUUUUGGGGAGGGGGGAAAAUCAUUGCUAAUGGAAUACCGAGAGCCAAGGGGGAGCAGAAAUUCAGGUGCAUUUCAGAACGCAGCUUUUUCUUCAAACAGCUUGCGGAUUGCAAGGAAAGGAUCACUUUUCUGCAUGGGUGACCACUCAAGUGUAUUCUGAAGGCCCAAAGACCGAUCCAUUCAUAGGAAAUGGCUUUUCGUUUUCCAAAAGUGCAUUUCAAAAGUCAGUAGGUUGUUUUUUUUAAAAAACACAGAUGAUAAAUGCUAAGCACCCGCUAGCAUUACCAGCUGCCGUCUUGCAGAAAUCCCCCUUCCACUGCAGGGCAUGGAGGGGGGAGGGCAUCUUUCCUUGGUUUCUAUUACAGGGAGCACUUUAAAAGAUUCCAAACAAAACCCUGAAAGGCCCUCCAAAGGGCCAUUUUCAGAAGUGGAACCUCUGCUCUUGGCCCUCCAAACAGCCACCCAUAGUACGCUGGUGGGAGUGGCUAGGGCUUGUGCAGGACACACACACAUACAGAGUAAUGAUUCUGCCUACUCACUUCAGGCCAGUAGAAAAGCUUUUUUUAAGGUGCCCCAACAUUGCUGCCUUCCAGAUUAGGAAAGGGUGGCAGGACAGGUUAGUUUUUCCAUACUGCAUGGAUGUGUGUCCAACUUUUCCAGAUCUAGAACACAAUUGUGUUUACUUGCGCAUCUCAGUAGGCUUUGGUAGGGAGCUUGGAGUGUUCCAGCCCCCUCUCUUAGCCAAAGCCGUCACGGAGACGCUUUGUCUAAAAUGCACCUCGUACCAACCAGGCAUUCGCGAAGUGUACAGAUUCCUAUCUACCUUGAUGGACCAAGUUAGGCCUGAUCCACACGUGCAGCAGAACACGUUGAUAAAAGUCUUGAGCUGGUAACAGGGACUGUACCGAUUGGCUGCCAUUUCAAAACAAAACAAAACAUUCACUCACGUUGAAAAACAAAGUCACUCUGCUUGUAAAAACGGCACAUCAAGGAGAGAGGCUCUAGCCAGCCUACUACCUGCUGGGCCGGUCUACUUGCAGGGGAUACGUCAUCUAGUGCGGCUUAAAGUACGGUCCUCCUCCUGCAGCCUAACUUGUGACAGGCCCCUUUGCCACCUCUUUCCGCCGUGCGCGAACUCUCCUGAGCACUCAGUGCUGGCAAGAAGGGUAAAAGGGUAAUUGUGUCCUCAUGUACUGUUUUACCGCCUGUGUUCCACUCCCCCAAUAAGCAUGGUGCUCAAGCUCCCUCUCCGAUGUUGAGAGGGGUGGCAGAGAGAAAAACCACAACGGGUCAGGAGGGAGGUCUGAAGUUUCUGAACGAAUCUCCUACCACCCCUUCUGAUCUCCGGGCAGCUAGAUCUCCAGGCAGAGAUCGAAGGGGUGUUCUGCGUCGAGUUAGCUGUGGGCAGGACUCCCUGAUCUUUUUGGCUGAUGAACUUCCGUCCGUGUAAUGCUUCCUUCCCCCCCCCCUUUUCUUGCUGUUGCGUGUGACCGAUGGGUUAGCCACACUUGGGGGGGGGCACCUGGCAAGCCACAGUUGCCGGAGCACGACUGAGGCCACUACGUCCUGUCGAUGCGUGUGCAUGUAAAGCACCUGUGUACCUACACCCCUGUGUCUGUGCACACGUCUUCACACGCAGCAGGAAUAGAGUCGAGGGGGCUUAAGCCUCUCCCCCCCUCCCCGGUUAACGACACCCGUGGGGUUUGUUGUUGGGUUUUUUUAACCAAUGACUGUUUUGUAACAGGCAUGUUUGUGGGUGGACUGCCACAGAGG